UUCGCUCUUGUCGCAGUAAAGUUUAUUAUGUAUGGGAGAGUAUAAUGUUUAAACUUUUGUCGGAGCAGAACAUAUUUUGUUUCGGUAAUGGGAUCUGAUAGGACCUCUGGGCACUGGAAAGUUUUGAGUGACCUUCUUGCCAGAUUCGAAAGAGAACCAAAACAGAUUAUCGGAAGACACACUACUUCAUGGUUUUUGGUUGGCGAAGAAAUAUUUAAAGAAUUCUACAAACUCGGAAUCACUAUAGAGUGGCAAUUUUCCAGUAUUGAAAGCAACUACGACGUUGAUCACAUUUGCUCACAGAUCCAAAGUAACGUUGGUUGGCUGCAAAGUUUUAUAAGUCUUUAUCCUAAUUUGAAACUUGACUUUGAGUUUGCCUGUUCUUCGGAUGACGUUUGCCAGGUUAGAUCAGGAAUUGAUGUUUUAUUGAAAGGGUUUGCAAAUUUAAACGAAAGUUUUGAUAGUGUAUUAAGAGAAUUAACUGAAGAAGGAGACGUUGAAGAUUUUGAUCGCCAUUUAAAAAUUUGGAUAGAAACGGGCCACCGUCCUGACUUCUUAAGUGACACAAAUAACGUAUUUUCAGAACAUUGGUGGUGGUUUUAAAGUAAUUAUUAAGAAAACAAAAAUAUAUAAAUAUGGAAGUUGAAGAAGGAAAGUGGCAACAUCAAGCUCACGAGAAUAUCGAUAAAUAUUUACACAGAGGUGGUGAUGGAAAAGGAAAUGAACCACAACUGCUUUAUGGUUCAAAUUUACUUAAUACAAUAGGCAUAGCAAUGGGUUUACCUCUUCGCGAUCCAACGGUAUUUUCACAUGAAGAGUUUGAACAAGCUGAAAAAGGAGAAUUAGUUUUCUUUGAUGCCGACUCACUUAAGGCUAUACAUAUAGUAGCUUUUGGGAUACGAGUAGCUUGUAAUGGAGAUUCUAAGGUUUAUGUAACCGUUGUCCCCAUUGAGCUAUACUAUGAAAAAAAACUGUAUGAAGUACCAGUAUUUAAAGUGCAUCGUUAUCAUCACUCAAAAAUAUAUUACGUUGAUAAUAUUGGAAGACACUACGACAGCUUUGAUGAUUGGAAGAAUAAUAACAAACUGCCACCAUGUAAAAUAAUAUAUCCGCAAAAUCUUGAAUUAAGUUCAGAUGGUCAACAUACUCUUGUUUCUCCCCCCUAUGAGCCUCCAUCAGCGCAAACUGAGACUAAAGUAUUGCAUGGUAUCGAUAUUGCUGCUGGAAUUGUGGGGAUUGGGUCUGCUAUAGGUUUAAUGGUCGUUUCAGGACCAGCGGCGCCCUUUCUAGCAUUAGUGGGUAUUGCUAGUGCCAUUUGGGGAACGUCUAGAGCUAUUCAUGAUUUGGUUGAUCGAGGAGAACAUGGGCAAUCUAUCGAUCCUUUCACUGAUUCAACUGCAAGAAUGCUAUGGCUUGGUAUUGCAGCAUCUAUAGCUAGUUUCGGAGCUAUGGGUGCUACUAUGAGAUUAUCUUCUCUAGUUGCUCGUGGUAUACAAGUAUCAAAUGCCUUAAAAAUAUUAACCAAUGUCGUGAAUGGAGUAAGCGUAACACUUAACUCAGCUGCUAUUGUAAACAAUAGUAUAUACUUGAUUCAACAUAUACAUGAAAUGUCACUUGCCGACAUUCUUCUUAACGUCGCAUUACUUGCUUUUUGGACAAAAGGUACAUUUACAUUCAAAAGAUCGAGUGUCAUUAUUUCAGAAGCGCACGACCGAGCUUUCGCUUCUAUAACCCAAGAAUUACCCCCAGAAACUAGAAGCAAUUUUUCAGAGUUCAGGAGUAGAGUACAGGAGAUGUUAAACAUAGAUGAAAUAGAACUAUUACAGUUAUUCAAAAGAGCAAGUGAAUCUAAUAUAUCUAUACGUGAAUGUGCUGAAUUCUUGAUAGAUGGAAUGCAUUACUAUGACACAGUUCCAAAACUUACUUCAGACCAAAUUGAAUCGCUAUCCAGUUUACGCGACUUCAUACAGGAUGAUUUGCAACUACUUUACGGUCUGCAAAGAAUUUCUACAGCAGCAGGUUCUGAUAGAGAACAAACAUUUCGAUUAGUACUUGAGUUAUGGGAUCGAUACGUAAUUAGUAAUCGACCAAAUACAGACGAUGCGCAUUUUAUACCUGGCCAUAUAGUGUUAGGACAUGCUCCACCAAUUGAAAUAACACAAUUAGAAAACUUAUCACCGUCCCUCAUUAGGUUUGUUGGUGAACAUUUGAGUACAAUACAUACAGAUGCGAUUCACGAGUGGUCGAUUACAGAAUUAGCGUCUCUUCAAAACCGUGGCCUUUUCAUUGAAUGUCCGGUUACAGGAAUUAAGGACGGAUAUGCAACUGUUUCAUUAAAAGGUUGCUUGGACAUAAGCUUGAGGAAACUUGAUUCCUUACCCGAAGAUACAUGUUUAACAAUUUUAAAAAUGAUUGGAGGACUGAGUGAAGAACAAACUAGUUCCAGUUCUAAAUUACCCUCUGAAGUUGUCAAAACUUGCGUAUCUAAGAAUAGAUUACGGUUUGAAGUUCAUAGAAAGGAAAGUGUAGAAUGGGCGCUUCAAUCAGUAGCUCGUUAUCCGGAGUUAAGUGAAAUAAUCAACUCUGAUCUAAUGCCACAUGAACGAGAUAGAUUGUAUACUUUUAAAACGGAAGCGAGCGCUAAAGAAGUAGACUCCGUUAAUAAAACGCCCUAUAUGGAUCAGAUGAUGGAUUUUGUGCACGAAAUGAACCCGCAAAACGUAAGUGAACUUGUUGCUUACAGUGAAUUUGUAAUGACCUACGUUGACGAGAAAAUUGCAAUGUUAGAAAAGGACAUUCGAGAUGGCAAAGAAAUAUUACCCCAUAAUACAAAGAAGAAACCUUGGUUGCGUAAAAAAGCUAUUGAAAAAGCGUUUACAAAUGUCCAGGAAAUGAGAGACAAAUUUACUGAGCUAAUGACAAUUGUAGAAGAAAAUGAUAUGGUUGGAAUUCAAGUAGUAGAUAAAGGCCUUUCCGAUGAAGCGUUGGUAUUAGCAAUUCGUUCACAUAGAAUACGAUUUGGUGGUAAAGUUUCCGCUGCGUACCAUAUCUACAAACAUCCUACUGAUCCUUCUUCAGCAUACAUUGAACAAGCAAACCAAACGAUCGGGAAUUCCGAAUAUCACAUGUCAUUGGGUCAAGAAGGUGACUCAAGAAUAAUUAUUUUUAAUGAUCCAGAUGGAGGCAAUGCCGUAGUUCUUGAAAAAGAUGGGCGAGUUUUACUUUGUUCUUUUAGGGCAGGAGGCAGAAAGUAAUAAUGUUCGUUGCUUAUAAGUAACGGCAACGUUGUCAUAUACUUGUAACUUUUACGACUUAAUUUCUUAGCAUAGAAUAUCAUCUAAAAUAGUUAAUAAAUAUAGUAUGGAGCGUAAACUUUUUGCUACUAAACACAUAAAGAAUGUUGAAUUUAAAAUGAAUACCUGAUAGAGGUUGAUGUAUUAAUUAUUUUUUCUUAAUAAACU